GUUGAUGGGAAACUCUCCCACAAAACUAGUAUUUAUUUGCCGAGCGACAACCAAGGAGGCUUUUGCCGGUCUGCCACUGGCGGGAAAGGAACGGAGAGCAGACGGGCAUUUGGAAAGCGGUCGAGAGCAGAGAGAGAGAGAGAGGCCCAAUUAGAGAGAGAACGAAGAUUUGGACCCCAGUUUUUGGAGUUAACGGGAUCCAGGCUGAAAAGUUUGUUUUCUUCCCUACGGAGGUGAUUGCCAAAUCGUUUAUCUGCAAAUUUCUGCGCCCAGAAAAAGUGAGAUAGUUGACUUUGAGCACUUUUGAUGCCUUUGAGAGCUCCAGCUCCAGCAUCUGUAAACACGAUGUUUCCCACUGGUAAGGAUCAGACUUUUUUUCCUUGCUGAGUUCAAGGUGGACAGAGAGCGAAGGCUGAGUGGAUGUUUUCCGUGUCAGGAGGUGAACUUUCCCAGCAAGCGGCAAAGAUAAAAAGAAUUGUGAGGGUGCUCACCGCCCCCACCCUCAAUCUGUUUUCAAUUCCUUGUGUGCGUGGUUUUGUUUUGCUAUUUCGUCCCUUCACCUGCUGCUGAUUUGAAUCUAGAGGUCUGAAGACGUUUGGGUGAGGAAGGAGACUUAAAUGUGAAAUACUGGGCAGGUGUCCGCUGAACUCCACCAGUCAGUCAGAUUCUGGGUUUGUAUCUUCCCAAGCUGCUGUUAUCAAGGAGUAACUUCAAACCGUGAGUUGUUUUGGCUGGGCAAAACCUGAUCAACCAUCUGUUCCAAAGGAGCAUCAAAUUUGCUCACCGUGAUCAUUCUCUGCCCGUGAACGGACUCAGUUGGCCAGGCAAGGACUAAACUGCAUUGCACAUUUCGAUUUUUUUAAGAGGCGAAAGGAAGCGAACCACAUUUCUCUCCAAAGACUCCCAGGCAUUUUGAUUUCCCUCUCUGGAGGGGGUCGUCUCCCUCUCUCUCUCUCUCUCUCCCUCCCCCCCCUCUCUCGUCUUUCCAUUUGAAAGAUGUCCGGCAAAGCCAAGAUGAAAUGUUGGACUUGGUUAGUUUUGGCAGCUUUGGUGUGCCAAGAGUUUUCCCACAUCCGAGUAGCGGUGGCCAAGAAAGAGAGAAAGAAGCCGAAGGAGCCUAAUCAGUACACAGAGCCUUUCAACGGGACUCUUUCCAACAGCGAAGAACUCAACACACACUCCAAGAUGCUAGAGUCCCCAGACCCUCGCAUCACUGACCCGCGUCGGACGUGGAUUUCAUUUGUACAUCGUCCUGAUGAUGGCAGCAACUCCAAAAAGAAAUGCAAAGGCAGAGAUAAGAAAUUACGGGGGCUUGUUGGGCCUCCAGGACCCCCUGGCCCUCCAGGCCCCCCGGGGGCUCCAGGGGCAGAAGUCACCCAGGAAGUCUUGCUGCAGGAGUUCAAGAAGAUGUUAAAAGAAGCCACCGAGCGGCGGGCCCCUCCUGCUUUGCCAACCCCUCUGAGUGAGGCGCCCCCCUUGCUGCUCUCCCUGGAGGAGGCCACUCCCUACCGGCGAGUGGAGGAGGCUUUUCACUGCAAACUCAAGGGCCAGAUCAUUGUGGACAAGAAGACCUUGAUGGAACUCCAGAACUUCCAGAUGCCUUCGGCCAAAGGAGCGUUCCUCCGGGGAUCUGGCUUGAACUUAACCACCGGCAGAUUUACAGCAUCUAUAUCUGGCAUUUAUCAGUUUUCGGCCAACGUCCACAUUGACCACAGUGAGCUGAAAAGUAAACUACAGCUUCGAGCAAGAGACAACGUCCGGGUGCUGAUCUGCAUCGAAUCCCUCUGUCAUCGCAACACGUCUUUGGAAGUUAUUGCUGGUCUGGAAAGCAACAGCAAGAUAUUCACCGUUUAUGUCCACGGAUUGCUGCAGCUGCAGCCUGGACAGUACACUUCUAUCUUUGUCGACAACAGCGCCGGUGCCCCUGUCACCAUUCAGAAUGGAUCCGAUUUCAUGGGGAUGCUGGUAGGAGUCUAAUCCCAGAUGACCCACAACGCAGGGUGGCAGAGGGGUGAAGAUGCAACCGAGGACCUGCCUGUCCGUACUUUGCCGCCUCUGUCCCAGGAGAUCACCUUCUCUUUGCUGUUACGGUUCUCCAGCUGAGUGACGCAAACAAUACUUUCCCUUCUCCCCACGGCAUAGCAAUAAUUCAAGAAGAAGACAAAAAUCACGGGAGGAGAACAGUUCUUGCCACUGAACCUAAAAGACCAGAUCUAUUUCAUUCCCAGUACAAUAUAUUCACAGGAUACCUUCACUUCCUCAGUGAGAUCCAAAACUUUGCUUUUGCUUUGGGAUGCAGCGUUUUGUUUUUGAAAAGGCCAGCCUUCCAAGGACAUCUAACUCUCAUCUGAACUGGGGCGGGCGGGCUUGGUGCACUGUGGGUAAGUGGGUCGCUGAGGGCAUAAGAAAAACAAAGGUGGCUCCACAGCAGAGCACCUGCUUUGCGUGUAGAAGGUCCUUGGUCCAGCCUCCAGCAUGAUUUGAGAAACAGCAAACUCCCUUCUGAAAGGAUUCCUGUUUUCUGAUUCCACCCUACCUAAUUGGUUUCCUUUAGAAAAGAAAAAGCCCAAAAAGCUCUUUGCAAUUUAAUGCAGAACCCUUUUUUUAAUCAGCCUUCCCGUUGCAGAUGCAAAAGCGUGUCCCAUAAAAAUGGAUGGAGAGCAAGUAAGUCCAUUGGACCAGUUAUUCUCUCUGGACAUCAAUUGGUGGUGGGGUGGUUUCCCCCCCCCCCCAAUCAGUUCCUGGCAGGGAACCUAUGCAGGCCCCUCCUGUGAACCACUUAGACCUUCCCAGAGGAAGCAAAGGAAGCAACUAUAUGGUUGUAGCCCAUGAUGUCCCACUCAAAACAGACCCAUUGAAAUUAAUGGACUGAAGCAUCCCGUUACUGUCAAUGAGUCUACUCUGUGUCCAACUAGCAUUGGAUACAACCCAAAACGAAUGGAACAGCUGCAAAGUUAUUCUAACAGGUGGGUUGUGAGUCGCAGGAAAAGCUGAUGAAGGAGAGGGGAGUCCCCACUUUUAGAAUGGGGUUUCCUCCAUGCAUCCUUCAAUUUCUCCAUCUUCACCGCAUCCCUGAAUUUUGUUGACAUUCCAGCCCUGCUUUCAAGUGAUUGUUGUCGGAUUGUGUGUGUGUGUGUAUGUGUGUUUGUGCUGGCUCUGCCUGAGUUGAAAAACAGUUUAAUAAUUAUUAUAAUUGAGAAGAGAACUGUAUAUUAUUUAAAUUAUCUGUGCUUGACCGCAAGUGCCCAGCCUCACUAUAUACAAAGGCUGAGGAAGGCAAGUCUGGAGCUAUUUGUAAUUGGUGUGAUGUCGCCAGAGUGAUUUCUGACGGGACUUUGCCGCUCUUGUUCCUGGGGGGGAAAGAGAAGGGGGAUACGCUCCCACCAAGCGCAGCCUCCCAAACAGACAGAAAGGAUGUGUUUGGGCUCAUCACAGCAGCUGGCAGAUCUCCGCUAACUUCUUUCCAGAGACUUUGACAUGCAACUGUGGACUUAACCAUCAACACCCAUCCUGGACCUUCAAAGGCUCCCCCACCCCGACUGCUUAAAAAUCACGCCCCCUCCAGGCCUUUUGUUGGGUUUCAAAGCAACCCCAUUAGGGCAGGACAAAGUGUUACAAAUCCAUUUCCCCCCUCCCGCACCCGUAUUAUGAGCUCUCAUUCGUCUCCUAACCUCGUCGAUACACUUCUCUGCCCUCCCUGUGCAGGAAGCAGGUAGCGAUUUAAACAGUCCACACCUGUCCACUUUGAGCAGGGCAGAAUCCUGCUGGAUAGCUCAGUUGGUUAGAGUGUGGUGCUGUUAACACCAAGUUCGUGGGUUCAGUCCCCAUAAGGGGCAGCUCAGGGUCCCUUCCAACUCUGUGAUUCUAUGAAAUGUCAGCAGUGGGCAAAGAUGGAUUUAGCAGCCUGGUCCUGGCAGGAGAGAUGUCCACCAGGGGAGCUGUCCAGCAAUGACCUGGUGCUGGUUCAGCAAAGCUUUUACAUUAGCCAACAGACUUGUGGAGACGGAGUGUGUGUGUGUGUUAUAGCAGGCCAGCUUUUCCUGCCUCUUCCUGGCUCCUCAGCAGGGCCCUGUUGCGUCUGCCUCCCCUAAAGUGGGGAGAGAUAAAUUUGGUUCAUUUUACAUUUUGAUGUGCACCUACCUGGUUUGCACUCCCCAAGACAACGUGUACAUCAUGGCUAUCCUUUUAAAAUCUCUGAAUUUUGUGGUGCGGUUCUCAAACCAAAAAAAGAAAAGAAAAAUGCAUGUAUUGGGGGGAAAUAGCAUCGCAAAAGGCAUCAUAUUAAGGAAAACAGCUUGCGAAAACAUCUGCGUUCAGCAAAACGGCAUACCAAAUAUAUAUAUGGGUGGAUUAGAGAACCUGCCCACUACCACACAAAUGAGUUUUUGAGGAGACCUUUUAAAAAUGCAGAAAUGGACCACUUGAGAAUGGGGAAAUGAGAAACCAAAAUGGAAAGAUUGGCCCACCCCAGUUCCCAAGGAGGGAUGAAGGAAAGGAGGCCUGCUAAACACACACUCCAUCUCCAAUGUUGGGGUUUGGCACAGACUUGUUGCUUCUGCUUGUUCAGUCUCAGGAGGGCCAGGGAAAGGAUCUGUGGCUAGGUGGGGAGUCCCAACAGGAAGUACAUUGGGUUCCUUCAUGUUUCAGCCCGCUAGGUGAAGGCAUCACCUGAGGUGGUGGCCUCAGAAUGGGGUCAUGGGAAAUGUAAUUCCCUCUGAUCCCAGUCUGUGCUGGGAGCCAUGGUAAGGACUGGGUUUCCCUCUUCUUUGCAGGAGGACCUAUCAUGCUCAGGGGCCAGGCAAAGAACACAGAGCAUUGUGACCAAUGACCAUGGGGACAUGGAGCUGCCAAUUUGGGCAACGGCUUCUUUUAUCUUGCAACAUUUAGUCCUGCCCUAGAUCUUUUACCAAGCGAAACAUUUCCUACAAGCUGGGUGAUUUAUUUCAAUUUUAAUUUGAAUAAGAGUGUGGUGUGUGUGUGUCAAGAAACGGGGAGAGGGAGAUUUUUUCAAGCAAGCGCAACCCCUCUAGUAGAGCCUCUUGCCUUUAUCGUCUUAUGUUUUAAUAAGAUAUAUUAAUAAAUCUGUAUAUUUAGUCACCUUGUAUACACAGCAGCCCUCGGGGCACGCAUUUAAAGCCAUAAACAUAUCAUUGCACACUGGAGGGGCUGCCAAGCAGCCUGGCAUGGGAUCGGCAGGCUGGCAGGGAGAGUGCUGACUUAUUUAUGGGCCUGGCUUGGCAUUGACUGCGAUGAAAGCUUGUGAAGGAUAAUGUGGUGCAAACAGUCUCUCUACUGCACUGUUUUCAGUCUGACUUAAAAGCUCUAGGUUGCAUCCAGUGCUAGUUCUGCUCAGAGUAAAGCCAUUGAAGUUAAUAGACAUGGCUAACUUGCAUUCAAUGGCUUUACUCUGUUUAGAAGAGAGAAUUCAGCUCUUCAUUUUUCUCAUACAAUCCUAAUGGAUCGUCUUCUAUGUUAGUCCAACACAAAGUAGACUCACUAGGCCUUAUCCAAUGCAGCAGCUCUGCUGGUGCACGGGAUUUAAAUUUGCUAAAUGUAUCUUCCUCUCUCUUCCCUCCCUGAUACCCUCUAAAUUAGCUCUGAAAGUUUGGGGGACCCUCCAGAGCAGAUUUAUUUGGGGUUGCUUAACUAGGUGGAGAGGAAACAGAGAUCUUGUUGCACCAGCAGAACCCCACUGGGUUCAUCAGUUUCAUUGGGUGGUAUUCAAUGCUCAGAGUAGACCCAUUGAAGUUAAUGGGCAUGACUAACUUUAGAUUCGGUCAUUUCAAUGAAGGACUUAGUUGAAUACAGCCCUGUGGGUGGUAAUUAACCAAAUGUAACAGUCGGCCUGUUGAAACUAAUGUACCUAACUGGUUAAAUAAUUUUAGUAGGUCUAUUCUGAGUGAAACUUUAUUGAAUGCCACCCAGUGGGUCAGCUCAGAGUAGGACUUUGUUGGAUACAAACCAAAAGGAUUGCAAUAUUUAAAAUUGGGGAUUUCUUACCUGGGAUUGCACAAGAAUUCUAAGAAAUCAAGGCAGUUUAGAAAAGUUCAGCGCACCAUCUUGAUUCAAAAUGGCACCCACUUGUACCCAAGCACAAACCUGCUCCUUGAUCUCAGGAACCAUCAUGCAAAAUUUGGUUACAAUGGCUUUAGAGGUGUCCAAAUGCGUCAUGAACAGGCAAAUAACUUUCCCAAACGUGUAACAAGACUAGCAACCUAUUUCCCAGCAUUGCUUGGCAACUCUAAGAAACCGAAAUGUCAGUACAGUUUUCAAAUCACUUCUUAAAAUGCUGUGCAGCUUCCAAAGCUUGGCUCUGCCAUUUUUGAUUCAAAGCGGCUUCCAAUUCCAAAACCUGCUCCACAAACUCAGGAACUGUUACAGGAAAUUUAGCAAUGACAUCAUUGCAUCCAUAUCAGUUCCGUUUUGAGAAGUCCGGCCCGCCAUCUUGAUUCAAGAUGCCUUCUAAUUCUAUCCAAACAUAGAUGAAAGCCACCUUCUUGAUUUCAGCAACGGUGACGCCAAAUUUGGUGACGACAUCUUAAGAGAAAACAGGCAGACUGACGAACAACUUUCCCAAAUAUCCAAGAUACAGAAGAAUAAGACAGUGGUUAGGAGAAGGAGUCUGGUGCCUUCCAAGUGUUGUUGGACUCCAUAUCCCAUCAGUCCCAGCCAGCAUGACCACCGGCCAGGGAUGAUGGGAGUUGUAGGCAGGUGACGUCUGGCGGGUUCCUCAGCCCUGGAGAGCAAGAGCCUGCCCUUCAAGACUCAAUUGCUCUCUCACUUCCUUUCAUCCUGUGCUUCCAGCAAACCAUGGUUUGCUUGAACGAUGGUGUAGCACAACACUGGUUAACCCUAACCAUACCCCUUCCAAUGGUACACACCCCUGAAAAUAAAGGGUGACCACCACACUAAAUAAAUGGCACCUUCAAAAAAUGAUCCUUGGGGUGGAGCCUUUGGGGAAAUCUAAAAAUGGGAAUAGGGAACCCAAUGGAGCUUCAAGAGCUCUAAUAAGUUCCACCCCUCAACCCAUGGGAAGGACUGCAUCUCAGUAGCAGAGCAUCCCUGUUUCAACCCCUGGCAUCUCCAGGUAAGGCUGUGUGAUGCCCCUGCUGGAAGUCAGUGCAAACAAUACUGAGUUAGGCAGAGCAAUAGCCUGCCUUAAUGUGACAGCUUCCUAUAAUUUUAAGGGAGGGAUGUGGCUCGGAGGCUGAGCUGCUUUGCAUGCAGAAGGUCCCAGGUUCAAUCCCGAAUGGCAUCUCCAGGGCUGGGAGAGGCUCUGGUCCUGAAAUCCUGCUGCAGGUCAGUGCAGACCAGGUGUGGGGAAACCUUAGCUCUUCAGAUGCUGACAGACUACAACUCCCAUCAUGCCUGCCCAUUGACCACACUUCCUGGGACUGAUGGGAGUUGUAGUUCCACAGCCUCCAAAGUCCCCCCACACUUAGUGUAGACAACACUGAGCUCGAAAGGCCAACGUCCCCAUGUUUUCCGAAACACAUCUCCCUGAAAACAGCUGAAAAACGCCCUCCUCCUCCUAGGUUGCAGAUGGGAGCGUGUGCGAGAGAACUUUUUGACUCGGCCCUAAGGGGAAGUAAAGAGCUGUGGAUUUUAUAGGUGUUGCUGGACUUCCAUAGGCCCCAGCUUUUAUUAUGAUGGUGAUUUAUUAUGAUUUAUUCAAUUUAUUUUCCGCCCUUUAUCAAAAAUCAUAGGGCAGUGUACAACAUUAAGAACGUAUUUCACGGCACAUAAUAAUAAAAGACAUAAAACAAAGCAUAGUAAUAGAAAUAAUAAUAAUAAUAAUAAUAAUAAUAAUAAUAAUAAUAAUAAUAGAAUCAUGAUGACAGUCCCCUGCAUCACC